AUGACUGGAAUGGAGACUGAAACGGCGAGAGACAAAGCUGUGGAGGAAGAAAGCACUGAACAGAAGAAGGAGAGAGAGAAAAAGAAGAGGUCAAGGGUUAAACAGGUGCUCGCAGAUAUAGCAAAACAAGUGGAUUUCUGGUUUGGUGAUGUCAAUCUCCACAAAGACAGAUUUCUCCGAGAGCAAAUAGAGAAGUCCAGAGAUGGCUAUGUUGACAUAUCACUUCUCGUUUCUUUCAACAAAAUGAAAAAGUUGACAACUGAUGGAAAAUUGAUAGCUCGAGCAGUUAAAAGUUCAUCUGUUGUAGAGUUGGAUUUAGAAGGAACAAGGAUCAGAAGACGCCAGCCGCUGGGUGAGCAGCCGAAGGAUGUGGAUAGUCGUACAGUCUACGUGGAGCUGCUUCCCAAAAAUGUCAAUCACAGUUGGAUUGAGCGGGUGUUUGGGAAGUGUGGUAACGUGGUUUACGUCAGUAUACCCCGGUAUAAAACUAGUGGUGAUCCAAAGGGAUUUGCUUUUGUUGAAUUUGAAACUAAAGAGCAAGCUGAGAAAGCUAUUGAGUUUUUGAAUAACCCACCAGAAGAAGCACCACGGAAACCUGGGAUUUUCCCCAAAACAGUAAAGAAUAAGCCUGUUCACACACUGAAUACGAGUAACAGCAGUGUAGUAGAAGAGAAGAAAAAGAAGAAGAAAAAGAAAUCUAAAAUCAAGAAAGAGAGCAAUGUACAGGCUGCUGUAGAGACAAAGGAAUCUAACACAAAUGCUACAACAGAGCAAGUACCCAAGUCAAAAAGACACAGAACUUCAUCAGAAUGUUCAGAAAUGGAGGUGAUUGAGGCCCACAGGCAGCCCUUAAAGAGAGAGAAAAGAAAAUGGGACAGAACAGAAAGCUCCGAGGCGCCUUGGGAAAGCAGGCCAGGGAAGAGGAAAAGAACCAGUUCUGGAGGUGGUGAGACCUCAACUCCAAAAGUGAAGAAAACUAUCCAAAAGGAUGAAGUUGUUCCUGUAAAGGAAGAAACAACAGAAGCUCCAAAAGAUUCCAAUGAUGUUGCUGCAGAAGAUGACAAGGAUAAAAAAGAUACAUCCCUUUCAAAAUCUAAAAGGAAACACAAGAAAAAGCACAAAGAAAGACACAAAAUGGGUGAAGAAGUCAUUCCACUCAGAGUGCUCUCCAAGACAGAAUGGAUGGAUUUGAAGCAAGAAUAUUUGGCCCUUCAAAAAGCCAGCAUGGCCUCAUUAAAGAAAACGAUGUCUCAAAUCAAACCUGAGCCUGUAGGAGAGAUGGAAACGGAAUCUUAUGCCCAGAAAAAGCCUCAGCCUGAAAAUGGCAAAU